CCUUCCUUUUUUUACGUCAAAAUGGCAGCGACCACGAAGCGCAAACGUGUGGGAGUCAGUAAGAACCGCAAAAAAGCGUGGAAGAAGCAUUGCGACAUCAACGAUGUAGAAGAGUUCCUUGAGGACCAGCGCUUUGACGAGCGUAUCGGCGGCUCUGUGGCCAGUAAGCCGGACGAGCAAUUGUUCUUCGUGGAUAAGCUACCCGCAGCGCCUAAGGCCUCGGCUCUCGCUAGUGCUGCGAGCAGGAAGCUGCGCCGCAGCCGCAAGCUGACAUGCUUCAGAAACCUCGAGCCAAGCUCCAAGGUAAAGGCACCGGUGCAGCCGCGCCGUGUGCGGGAUCCUGAUGCCCGCAAGCCCGCCGAAGUUCGCGAAACGCAGAGGCAGCGUCUCGCCAAGCGACUUGAACAAGGCACCGUCGACCGCCUGCGCAGUGUUGCGCGAAAAGCAAAAGUGACGACGAGCCGGUUUGACUUGACAGGACUUAGCGACCUCUGGAGUAAUGACAGCGGAGAGGUGUCACCAAUGGCUGCGGAUGGUAAACAUCGUGUGCCGUCCCACCGACAUCAGAAACCAUCGCUGCUUCCAGCAGUAGAGCCGCCGCACCCGGGAACGUCGUACAACCCGUCGCACGCCGACCACCAGGACCUUUUGCGGCGGGCGGUGGAGGUCGAGCAGCGAAAGCUGCACGAGGAGCGCCGCCUCGACCGCUGCCUUGCGAUGCCGAAUAAGCGCGACUGGCCCACCGAGCAGGACAGGCUCGCCGAGAUGUCGCAGGGACUUUACGACCAGGAAGAGGAUGACGACCAGGCCAGUGAGCUGACAGCUUCUGACGGUGAAGCAAAGGCCGAAGCGCCCGCGUUACCGGCACCGACUGCCGCUCGUAAGACUCGGCAGCAGAGACGUCGUGCUGCGGAACAAAAGAGGUUGCGUCGAGAGGCCAUGGAGCGCAAGAAGGCGCGUGUGCUAGCCAACGACGUGUACCGGAUACGGACACUGAAGACGGAGCUACGGCGCAACGCCGAGGCGUCCGAGGCGCGUCAGAAGCGCCGCCAGCAGCGCGAGGUGGACAAGUUGUACGGCGCGCGGCGGCUGAGCGCGUACAAAUACGAGGAACCAGACUUGCCGUUGAAGCUGUCUAGCGAACUGCGGGAUUCGCUGCGCGAGCUCCGGCCCGAGAUAAACGUGCUUGAGGACCGCUAUAAAAGUCUACAGCGUCGAAACGUGAUCGAAACACGCCAGCAGCAGAAGAAGGUGGUCAAGUACAAGCCCAAGAAGGCUGUAAAGCGCUCGCACAGGCAGUUUGCCGAAGCCGACGAGCAGAGGUGGAAAAAGGAGCUUCAAUAAAUGAUGAUGUGUCACUUCCCUA